GAAACUGAAUGAAUGCUCGCAACAGUUGCAGUCAAUCCCACAUUCUUGACACUUGUUCAAUCUCCAACUCUCCCUACCAAAUAUUACAAGUAUUGGAUGAUUGACAUGGAAACAAUAGUUGCAUUCACAAAACGUACAAUCUGUCCUGCUGAACUAGAGCGCGAACGUAUCUGUAAGACGCUACAAUACAACAAAGUGGAGUUUGGCAACAUCAGAAUAAUCAAAUAUCUAGAGUAGAUCAAACUUUGUGAUCGUACAAUGUAUGGUUGUGCCAAAUGAGAAAAAGAUGGUUCCAGUUCAAAACUAUAGUUUGUGUGCAUCAUAUGAUGGUCGUUGUUUGAAACAAGGAUCGAGAAUGUCUAUGCAAGUCAAUGUUUAGUAAAAACAACGAAUAUUUAACCAUUGUCUAUUCCAAAGUAAAAUAGGCAGUCAAUGCAAGAUGAAUACAAGUUUCAUUAUACGUGAAUACGACUAAAAUUAUGGAUUGGUUUGCCAUGAGUCGACAUGCGAAUGGAAUCUUCAACAAUGUAUUCAGAGUAUAUUGUCCUAAAACCAUUGCAAUGAUGAUAUCGUUAUAACCCAAAGCACGAUCUUGGGUUUAAAUGACCAUUUUACUCUCGAGUACAGAUGCAUAUUGCAUAGAUUUACGACACUUGCCUUGCAUUUAGCCAACACCAAUAAUUUCCAAAUGACAGAUGCGACACCCCUUCCACAGCAACAGCCAGGUGCACCGCCCAGACUCUCUCCAGUCCUUGAAGAACUGACAAAGAAAACCAUAGAUAUUCUUGCACGAGUUAUCAAGAAGCCUCCACUAACACAAAAGCUUCUUGCCAAGCCGCCGUUUAGAUACUUGCACGACAUUUUUAGCGAGCUGAUACGUCUCUGUGCGUUUGUCCCAGGACUUUAUUCAGAGGCAGAAAUGAACUCGGAAAAUAUCAAGGAUAAAGAAGCUAAAGUGCAGUAUUUGACAAAGAUGAUUGACUGCAUUGGAAUUGCAACUGGGUUGGAAAUUAGAGCCAACCCACUAAAAAUUGUGGCUGGGCUUGAACCUGAAGAAACCAAUGCAUUUUUGCAAUUGAUCGGCAAGGUGUUGAUCAAAAAAGUAGAUACCAAGAAUGCGAUUGCACGAGUAUUAGCGGGCGAACAUCAAGGAAAAAAAAGUGUACCAGCACCUACCAAAACAGAUACACCACCAACAGUGUCCAAGUCUGUAUCUGAAGUGCAAAAAGAUAUUCCUGUUAAAGUACACGCAGCCCCUGCAGCCCAUAGCGAGACUAUAGGUUUAAAAGGCCAUAAUGAAACGGGUCAUCAGGCUCCAGCUGCCCAAUCUUCCAAACCCGGACAAAGUAGCCAUAUACAAAAGGAGACAUCCCCUGCCAUACAGCACAUAUCUUCAACAGAUAAACUACAAGAGCCUGCGAAUAGUAAACCUCCACCGGUAUUAUCUCCAGCCAAGCCUGCAGAUCGCGAGCAACCUCAAGUAUUGGAAAACUCGGAAUCUUUUUCAAAAACCGUGCCUGUAGAUUCAUCCACUGAAGAACUAGCCAAUGAUUCCAAUCCUGAUCACCGGUUUCCUCAAGCAACUAUUAGGCGCCGCGAGCGACCCAUUAGUGCCCGUCCAGCUCCACCCAAACAACGACCACCACAAGUUGCAAUUGAAAAAACUCUAAUUGAUUCGCCUGCAAUUAUUACCGAUGGAAAACAAAAGGAUGAUGACGAUGACGACUUUGUUGUCAAGGCGAUGGAAUCGCUUCAACCUAAGCCUGCAAUUGGAAGCGGCCUGACACUUUCUGCCGACGAAAAACAUGGUGGUCUUGUUCAGCGUAUUCUUCAAACCAAAAAGAAUCUUGAAGGUGAGCUAGAAGACACUACAAUCAAACGCGAUACAGCAGCGACGCCAAAAGACCCCAAGAGCAAAGCCAUCAAAGAUAUUGGACAGCUUCGUGAAUCCAUACAGCUUCUUUGUCAAAGUACUAAUCCGCUAGGCAAGACAAUGGAUUAUAUGCAAGAGGAUGUGGAUAGCAUGAAUAAGGAAUUUGAUGAAUGGAGAUUACAGAGUCAGUCGUUUAAAGUAAUAUACGAGGCUGAAGCAAAAUCUACAUUGGAUUCUUUAAAACCGUUGGAGCUACAGCUCAAGACAAUCGAAGAAAGUAUUGAACUGCAGUAUGAGAAAAUAGCUACAGUCAAGGCAACCAUUAUUCAGAAUGAUGUUUCCAUUCAAAAGAUUCUUAAAGCGAUCACAGCACCACAUAAAUGAGGUUUUGUCAGAUCAUUUAAAAUAAACUAUUCAGACGAAUUCAAGUAAC